AUGUUUCUACACUCAGGCGCAAGCAUCCACGGUCACGAGUACUCUGCUCGCCACUCGUCUACUUUCCAGUCCCCUGCCCACCUACGAGCACCCUUCUUUCGGUCCGCCCUCUCGCCCCCAAAACAGCGCAUCGCCGCCGACGGCACGCCUGCACCUGCUCUCCGGCAGCGACCAGCAUCCGACUACAUCCCUCGCGGCCCGUUGCCUGUCGACCGCUUUCGGGAACCCCAGGAUGAUCCACCCCCCACGCCCGCCCGCGACGAGUCCAUCUCCGAUUCUGAGCUCAGCGAUGUCACCACCUCGAUCGAUAAUACUUUGUCGACGCCAUCAGCUGGCCGCAGGCGGCCUCGCCGAGCGCAGCGCAAAAGCACCACUUACUACCUUGGAUACCCGACGCCGAGAAUUAUUGGAAAAACGAAAGUUGUACAGAAGGUCUUUCUGCCGAGGAUAUUGUUGCAGCUUCAGAAGGCUUCGGCGGAGGGGAGGUCACAGCCGGUGCUCGAGGCGUUCCCGGCCUGGCGCAUCGCCGGGCCUGUGGUAGCUCUGCGGCUAGCGAAACGGUUUCCCAGCAUAUUCCGAGUGAAGCGCCACCUCGGGUACGACGACAUAGUGCUGGUGAGCAGGGACGACGGGGACCUCGGAUCAGAGGGCAUCGAUACCGAGCAUGAAGAAACUUUGGAGACCAGGAAUUUACUGGCUGUUUACAGCCCCUUAAGGCACUCAGAGGCGGCCGAAAUUGUGCUGGACGAUGGAUCGGUAUGGGCGGCUAAGCCCUUGGUCAACGGGUCCUACGACUUCGUCCACACCGAUGCCGAGGGCAAGACCACAACUGCACGAUGGGCUCGCAGACACGCAUAUGCAGCGACACCGACCUCCUUUGACACAGAUACUUCUGCUUACACACCUGCACAUGCUCAUACGCGGUACACUUUUAGCAUCAUCAAUCCGUUGACACGCCGCCAUCCCGUCAUGGCGACAUUAACUCCCUCCACUCUCAAUGUUCAAGACACCUACACUUCUGUCUCACCCUCGCAACCCCGGCAGCCGCCGAUGACGCGGAUAGGCCGGUCCCAAUCCGAGGUUUCAUCCCCUCCAUUAGCCUUCACUGCUCCUUACCCGCCAUCAAAGCUGUCCUCUUCACGCUUUACAAGCGACGGCGAGGAUGGCUCGGCAAUUUGCAUGCCAUCAUCAUCAGUCAGCGAGCCCUCACCGCCAACAGUUCACCGGGUCGAUGAUGCAACCAAGGUGCUCAUCUCCGUUACAGCUCUGUGGGUCGCCCUACAUUCAGGGUGGUCUCAAAGCUACAACUCCUCCCGAGCCACUUCAGAGAUCGCCGCCUCGCCAUCACCAUCACCAUCACCAUCACCAGUCAGCCAACGCGGUCGCAGCAGUAGGAGAAACACGUGGACAACUCGUCCCUCAACCUACGACACUCUCGGGUCAGCCGACCUUGCAAGCGGAGAAUCCCCGCGCAGCUGCGGCGGGUUGUUAAAGCGAUAUUCGAUGCCUGCGCAGCCAUUGGAUGGAACUGCCAUCAUCAAGCCGGCUAACCCGUCGCCGGCUGUUUCCCGCCCGCCAACGCCCACGUUGACGAGCACGGGGAACGCCGAGCCCAGCUGGAGCGGGCGCGUAGCCUCUGUGGCGACUCCGUUAGCAUCACCAACAGCCAAGGCGGAGCCCGUGCAGAGCAGGCCGCUGGAAAGGGAACAAGAAACGGAACAGAAUGCCAGGAUGUCUGUAAAACAGACGGCUGAGAGACUUGCCGGUGUCGCGAGUAUGGGCGGGAAGAAGAAGGGUGUGCGGUCGAGACUGGUUAGAUGGAUGCAAAAAAUUGGGUCGUCGCCGCGCUAG